AUGAGAUCCGCUGUGAUCCUCGCCCUGUUGUUCCUCACAGGGACUCAGGCCCGCUACUUCUGGCAGCAUGACGACCCGCAGACACCCUUGGAUCGCCUCAAGGACAUGGUCCAGGUCUACCUGGAGACUGUCAAGGCCAGUGGCAAGGAAGCCAUUACCCAGUUUGAGACCUCGGCAGUUGGCAAACAGCUUGACCUGAAGCUGUCUGACAACCUGGACUCCCUGACGGUGGCGGCGCAGAAACUGCAGGAGGACUACAAGGAGACCUGGGAGCUGUGGGUGAAGGACACCGAGGCCCUGAAGAAGGAGCUGACCAAGGAAAUGGAGGAGGUGAAACAGAAGAUCCAGCCCUUCCUGGAGCAGUUCUACAAGAAGUGGACAGAGGAGCUGGAGCUCUAUCGCCAGAAGCUGGCCCCCAUCGGCGAGGAGCUGAAGGAGAUGACCAAGCAGAAGGUGGAGGUCCUGCAGCAGAAGCUGACCCCCGUGGCUGAGGAGGCCCGGGACCGGCUGCGCGGGCACGUGGAUGAGCUGCGCAAGAACCUGACCCCCUACAGCGACGAGCUGCGCCAGAAGCUGACCCAGAAGCUGCAGGAGAUUCGGGAGAAGGGCAUCCCCCAGGCUGCCGAGUACCAGGCCAAGGUGAUCCAGCACCUCACCGCCUUCCGAGAGAAGGUCACGCCCCUCGUGCAGGAUUUCAAGGAGCGCCUGACCCCCUAUGCUGAGGGCCUCAAGACCCGCUUCCUGACCCUGCUGGACAACCUCCGAAAGAACAUGGCCCAGGCCAACUAG